UCGCAUAUUUAUAUUCAAACAAACAUUUGAAGAACCUACAACAAGUACCUUUCAUCAACAACCCACACUCUCUCCCUCCACACUCUCAACUCACCGUAACGAACUAUUCCGGCAACUUCUCCGUUCACUUCCCGGCAACUUCUCCGUUCACUUCCCGGCAACUUCUCCGUUCACUUCCCGGCAACUUCUCAUCUCAAACCAUGUCAACAGAAUGAAUCGUCUCGACUCACCAUGUCGCUUUCCUACUCCAACUUCUUCUCCGACUCCGACCUCCUAUGCGGCGAGGACACCUCAAGCAUCUUGUCCGGCGAUUCGCCGGCGGAAUGCUUCUCCGACCUCGAUUCGUCGCCGCCGUCGGAUGAAGACUCUAUCGCUGGAUUAAUCGAAGAUGAACGCAAGUUCGUCCUUGGAUUCGAAUAUUUCUCCAGGUUUCAGUCUCGCUCGCUCGAUGCUUCCGCUAGAGAAGAAUCCGUUGCAUGGAUCUUAAAGGUGCAGGCUUGUUAUGGUUUUCAACCGUUGACGGCUUAUCUUUCCGUCAACUACAUGGAUCGGUUCUUGAAUUCUCGGCGAUUGCCGCAAACAAAUGGGUGGCCACUGCAACUUCUAGCAGUUGCUUGCUUGUCUUUAGCGGCAAAGAUGGAGGAAUCUUUAGUCCCUUCUUUAUUGGACCUUCAGGUAGAAGGUGCCAAAUACAUAUUUGAGCCCAAAACAAUUAGAAGAAUGGAGUUUCUUGUUCUAAGCGUCUUGGAUUGGAGGCUAAGAUCAGUUACUCCAUUUAGCUUCCUCAGUUUCUUUGCGUGCAAGUUAGAUUCAACUGCAACUUUUACUGGGUUCCUCAUUUCACGUUCUACACAAAUUAUCUUAUCUAAUAUCCAAGAGGCUAGCUUUCUUGCAUAUUGGCCAUCAUGCAUUGCUGCCUCAGCUAUACUUUAUGCAGCUAAUGAAAUUCCUAAUUGGUCUCUCGUUAAUCCGGAGCAUGCCGAGUCGUGGUGCGAGGGGUUAACAAAAGAGAAAAUUAUUGGGUGCUACAGGUUAAUGCAAGAACUUGUGAUUGACAAUAACAUGAGGAAACCUCCUAAAGUGUUGCCACAGCUACGAGUGACAACUCAGCCCCUUAUGAGGUCAAGUGUCUCGUCAUCCUCCUCUUCUCCUUCCUCCUCAUCCACCUAUAAAAGAAGAAAAUUAAAUAACUCUUUGUGGGUAGAUGAUGACAAAUGAAACUCCCAAUGAAAAGAAAAUAAAAAUAUAAUACUAAUAAAGGUGGAAAAAAACUUAAAGAAAUAAGGCGGUGGUCCAAGAAACCUCAAUUUUAUAGAGGGUUUUUUAGUUCAUAAAUUGACUAUAGUCAUGGUGCACAGUACUAUAUUAUGAAAGUUGUGAGCUUUUAUUAUUAGUAUUUUGUUGGUGGGUAUAGUCAUUCAUCAAUGGCUUUGCAGAUUCCCAAGGGAAGGGGAUUUUGUAACAUAAAAAUAUAUUGUCUUGGGAAAGUGAGAGAGAGACAUGUAGCAAGAGAGAGGGGAAAUAUACAAAGAUGAAUUUAAUGGGUUUGGUCAUGUAAGUGAGGAAGAAAGAAGUGGGAAUUCGGAACUCAAAGAUGUGUUGGAUAUUGUUGAAAGGGGAGAACAUUGUGGUGGGACAUUGCUUAAAAGCUUUGAAAGAAAAGCAGAGUCUCUCAGAGCAGUUAUAUCAAUUUGGUUGGCAAAACAUAGGGGAUCGAAACUUUGGAGUUUGAACUAUUUCUUUUAAUGGGAUUUCUAAGUCAAGCUCCCCAUUUUGGACAGUAUAUUUUCUUCUUUCAACUCACACAAGUCACUUUGAUGGGAUCCCACACUGUUAUAAAAAUGGCAGUAGUAAUAAUAGUAAUAAGUUGAAGCUUGCUGCAUUAUGUGGACUUUUCCUUGUGAUACGCGUGAAGACCCUUCUGGUGUGUGCAACACACGCGUGUAUGUGUGGUUUUUUCUGUUUUUAUUUUUGGCGGAAAUUUUUUAUUUUAUUUUAUUUUUAUUUUGGCCUUGAGCUUCGGCCUAACUAUACAGGACCCAUUGCCUGGUGUCCAACGCGUGUGAUGGAAACACGUCUCUAUAGUUUUGUAUUUUUUCAUUUGUUUUCACUUCUUUUUCAUAUUGGCCUAAUUGGCAUAAGGAAGUUUGAGAAAAAGGUUUUUGGGGCCUUUUUCCUGCGUGAUAUGUAAUGAAUUCAUUAAAAGCAACUAUUACUUUUAUAAUAAUAAUAAUAUCCUUUCACGUAUUUCUUUAA